AAAGAGAAGAAAGAUGCCAUAUCUCACACAAGCCAACCAUUACUCACAAACUCUAGCUGCAUUUAUCUAGCAAGCAAGCCAGAAGAAACUUAAAAAAUGAAAGGGCUUGCAGCAAUGUUGCUUUGUUUCUUUCUUUUACUUGUUGCUCCUCCUUCAGCUUCAUCUUCCUCCAGGAAAAGUUCCAAAUACCCAAAACCCUGCAACCAGUUUGUGCUCUAUUAUCAUGACAUCCUUUUCGGCAGAACUCGCAACAUUCUCUCUAACUCAACGUCUUACAGAAUUACAAACGCCACCAACCUUGGCAACUAUCAGUUUGGCUCUCUCAUUGUUUUCGAUGACCCCAUUACCAAAGAUGAAAACCUGCGGUCUCCUCCUGUGGCCACCGCUCAAGGGCUGUAUGUAUACGAUAUGAGAAGUGAUUAUAGUACUCUCUUUGCUUUUUCAUUGAUUUUCAACUCGACUGAACGUAAAGGCACUCUGAAUAUCUUGGGGUCGGACCCUUUAGGGCCACCUUCCAGGGAUCUCUCUGUGGUUGGAGGGACUGGAGACUUUUUCAUGGCGAGAGGUAUUGUAACUUUCACAACUGAAGCUAUAGAAAGCAUCGAGUAUUUCAGACUCAAGAUGGAUUUUAAGUUGUAUGAAUGUUAUUGAUUAGAGCUUUUGUAAUUGUGUUGUGCAAAUAAGGUUGUAUUGUGACCACAAGUAAGCAAUCUUGAUUGAAGUUCGCAAA